AUGAAGGUAUCAAAGACAGCUAUAUAUGGCAUUUCGGUUGAAAUAACUCAAAGAUUUCUGGCUGGUCAUUUCGGUGAAAUUUUUUUAUACAAAAGGAAGACCUUUACAGAAGUGCAAAUAUUGGGCAAGUGUGCUGGAGUUGUUGGAAACUACAAUGCACAUAAAGUUGCAUAUCCUGAUAUUGAUUGGCCAACUAUUGCAGCUGAGUUCAUGACCUCUUUGGGGUUAGGUUUCAACCCUUACAUUGAACCGCUUGACUAUAUCGCAAAGCUUUUCAAUGUAGUUGUUCAGUUUAAUAACAUCCAGACUGAUUUUGAUCAGGACAUAUGGAGCUAUAUUUCGUUAGGUUAUUUUAAGCAGGACGUGUAUCAUUUACCCAUCUCUCGUAUGCAGAGGGAUUUGACCGAUUCCACUGUUUUGAGGAAUUUGGGUAUUGGAUCUGGGUAUUCUCUCUUGGCAUACAAAAGUACACUACAAGGAAUCCGGAAGCUUCAGGUAAAUGUGUCUCGUCUCAAUGAAGACCUGGACCAGGUGUGGGAGGUGCUUGUAGAACCAAUACAAACAGUUAUGCACAGAUACAACGUCCCAGAGGCAUAUGAGAAGCUGAAGGAUCUCACCAGAGGAAGAGUUGUCAGCAAGGAGAGCAUUCAAAAGUUCACUAAUGUCUUGCAAUUGCCAGAAGAAGCAAAGUGCGUUCUCUUGAAUUUGAAUCCCCAGUCAUACAUUGGAGAAGCAGAGAAGUUGUCUAAGUCUAUCGACGAUCAUGUGGAUUUAGUGAAUGGGUUCAGGCUUUUAUAG